GAGGGUUGGUUUGGGGUUUGUGGGGUAGGAUUCUUGGAGGUGUGGGGUUUUGGGGGCAUCUUCAAAAUGCGGGGACUUGUUGGGAUUCCUGGAAGUUUUGGGGUGCUGGGGCUUUGGGGGGGUGGAUUUGGGGUGAUUCACCGAUGGAAUCGUGGGGUGACCCUUUUUCUUCCCCCUCCCUCCCCCAGAACAACCCGAAAAUCAAGGACAUCCUGGCCAAGUCCAAGGGGCAGCCCAAGAAGAGGCUGACGCACGUCUAUGAUCUGUGCAAAGGGAAAAACAUCUGCGAGGGGGGGGAGGAGAUGGACCACAAAUUCGGGGUGGAGCAGCACGAGGGCGACGAGCCGGGCCGUGAGAAGGGUCACGGUGGCUGCGGUUGCUACCAGCCCCAUUACUGACCCCAUUAACGACCCCAUAGCCCUUGUAGGGUUAUGGUGGCUGUGGGCUCUACCUGCUCCAUUACUGACCCAUUAACGACCCCAUCCCCUUACAGGGUCACGGUGGCUGCAGGCACUACCAGCCCCAUUGCUGAUCCCAUAACCCUUAUAGGGUCGCAGUGACUGCAGGUACUACCAGCCCCAUUAUUGCCCCCAUCCCCUUGCAGGGUCACGGUGGCUGCAGGCACUACCAGCCCAAUCACCGACCCCAUCCCA